GCGUGGGUUAGAGCAGGUGGUAAGUUGCCAGGCUUCCCUUCAGCUCCAGGUCAACCUUAAAUACGGGAGUGUCUCAGCUGUCAAUAACAUGAGGAUAUGAAGUCGUCAACAGAUCCAGAGAAGCAACAUUUGAUUGACACUCAUUUGGAGACUCUCGUGUGGGUGAGCAGUCCAGAGAAAAAGUGCUCAGACUCAGAAUGUGGUGAAGACGCCCUCCGUGUGGAGGGGCUGUUGCAGCACGAAUGGCUCUGCCAAGAGGACGAUUGGAGGUCGGUGACUGAAAGGGACUCGAGAUGUUUGGCCAGAAAGAAGCUUUUCACUGCAUGUGCCGUCAGCCUCGUGUUCAUGACAGGAGAGGUCAUUGGUGGAUACGCCGCUGGCAGUCUGGCCAUCAUGACGGACGCAGCUCACCUUCUGACUGAUUUUGUCAGCAUUGUGAUCAGCAUCUUCUCUCUGUGGAUCGCAUCGAGGCCUAAGACAGGAACUAUGACUUUUGGGUGGUAUCGAGCUGAGAUUCUGGCCAUGUUUCUAUCUGUCGUGUCGAUCUGGGCCGUGACAGUAGUGCUCGUCUUAUCAGCCGUGCAGAGGAUCUCCGACGGGGAAUACGAGAUUGACAGUGAGAUCAUGCUCAUAACAUCAGGCUGUGCUGUGGGGGUCAAUGUCCUGAUGAUCCUGAUCUUGCAUCAGCCUGGCAGCUCACAUGGCCACAGCCAUGGGUUUGCCACCAACCUGACCCAGAGGGACAAACAUGGGCAGAGGAACAGCCACGGUAAUGCAAGUGUGAAGGCAGCUUUCAUCCACGUGGUGGGAGAUCUGGUGCAGAGUGUCGGUGUCAUGCUGGCUGCCACCAUCAUCCACUUCUGGCCUGAAUAUAAAGUAGCAGAUCCGAUUUGCACCUUCCUGUUCUCUCUUCUCGUAAUUGGGACAACGCUUCCUGUCACAAGGGAUGUUUUCAGGAUACUACUGGAAGGCGCUCCUCGGGACGUGAGCUUUGGUGCCGUGAGAGAGCUGCUGCUGUCUGUAGGAGGAGUCACCGCCAUUCACAGUUUACACAUGUGGAGCCUCAACACGACUCAUUCUCUGCUUUCCGUGCACCUUGCCACAGAUUUUUGGGAGUGCCCACUGCCCCCCUUGCCCCCCCCCGGUGGUGCCCCUGCUAAAACUAUGGAGGUUUAAUUAGAAAUGAAACACCACACACCCAUCCUGCACCUUUUAUCCUGGUCCUGUAAACAUUUGUUUAUUGUUUGAUCAGAAUGUUUGUAUUCUAAGUAAGUAGGAUGGAAAACCCUUUGGCAAAUAUUGAUCUAUUAUAGUAGUAAUGUAAGGUGCCAGUCAACUGAAAAAGAAAGUUCUUAUUGCUUCCAUGAGAAUUAGGAGGGUAAGAAGCAGCCAGGUGCUGCUAAUCAGAUGCAUGUGAUUAAAUGAUCAUCAGCAAAUGAUUAAUUCAUUGAUGAACUCUAUAGAAGUAAAGGUUUUUGGCAAUUUUCUGGAGCAUUCUAGUUCUUUCUAGGAAUGAAAGUCCCAGAAAACUAACAAAACAAACAAAACAAAAACAAAAACAAAACAACCCCAAGAUCUAACUCUCAAAUUCUACAGGCCUUAGUUAACAUGUGAAAUAUUCAAGUCCAUUGACGGCACGUUUAAAAAAAGACUGAGCAAGUAUGACUUCUCUGCAAUCAUAACAUGGCGGCACAGCUUAGGUUUGCAAAGUUGCAUCUGAACAAAACACAUACAGGAAGUAAUGAAGAAUAUGGACACAAACGCCUAAAAACAACCCCAAAAGGUUGAUUCGGUUCAUCUGGACGUAGCCUUUUCAGUGGGAGAAACAUUUUGUCACUCAUCCAAGUGACUUCUUCAGUCUCAGCUGACUGCAGGUUUCCCC